AUGAGCCGUGGCUCGUAUCAGCGUAGAGUUUAUAUCACUGUUCUACAACAUAAUGAGGACUUCUCCUGGCACGACAAGUAUAUGGAAAUGUAUACCGGACAGACAGCAGGAACAACUCGUGGACUGGUGAAGCUGGUGAUCGCCAACCGUUUCGAAAACGCAAUCGUUUUGCAGACAAGUGCCUUCGUCAUGGGAAGGCUCACUUCGACACUUCCGACACAGCACUGUAGAGUGCAUCCAAGCCUGCUUGACAACCAGCUACAAGAGAACCUUGCGGAUCCGGCAUACCAAACGCCGGGACCGAUCGAUAUCAUCUUGGGAUCUGAUGUCUUUCUUGCUCUUCUGAAGCCAGGGCAAGUCAAGGACAACGGUGGUGUUCCCGUGGCGCAAAACACGAUCUUUGGGUGGAUUGUGUCGGGGAAUCAAGCCAUCUACUCGUCGAAAAUUCAAGCCAACGCAUCCAUCGUCAAUCUGCACACAGAGCUCGAUGUCAACCGUACCUUGCGAAUGUUUUGGGAGCAGGAGGAGGUUCCGAAGCCGCAGCAGCUUACUCCUUCUGAACAGACAGCCGCCGAGCUCUUCAGGUCGACUCUCACACGAGACGGAAACGGGCGCUUCAUCGUACGAUUACCGUUCGACGAUUCGAAGCCAGCGCUGGGUGAAUCUCUCACUCCGGCCAUCAAGCGAUUGCGAUCUAUGGAAAGGCGUUUUCGACAGGACAAGGAAUUCCACAAACAGUACACGGAGUUCCUCAGCGAGUAUCUGGCACUAGGACACAUGGAGGUGGUGCCAGCAAACGAGGUGGAGGUGGAGACUAGCAAGUGUUUCUAUCUUCCACACCAUGCCGUGGUCAAGGCCGACAGCACGACGACCAAAUUGAGGGUGGUCUUCGACGCCUCGUGCGCGUCGUCAAGCGGCGCGUCCCUCAAUGAUAGACUCCUGGCGGGACCCAACGUCAACCAGGAUCUGUUCUCGGUAUUUCUACGUUUCCGAACCCACCAGGUAGCGUUUUCGGCAGACGUGGAAAAAAUGUAUCGCCAGGUGGUGGUACACCCAGCGGAUCGUGAUUUCCAGAGGAUCGUGUUCCGUGAGCAGGAGGAUCAACCAAUCCAACACUAUCGGUUGUGCACUGUGACGUAUGGGACCAAGUGCGCCCCGUACCUAGCGAUUGAAGCCAUGAAGCAAUCCGGCCGGGAGUACAAGGAAGUGUAUCCGGAAGCAGCCCUGAGGAUUGAACUCGAUACGUACGUCGACGAUUUUCUGUCAGGCGCUAAGGAUGUGCAGAAAGCAAGGGACCUGAAGCAACAAGUGGUGGAGAUUUUGGAGUCCGCUGGUUUCCACCUGCGGAAAUGGACCACGAACUGCCCGGAGUUACUACAGGAUGCAGCUCAGGACGAACAGGAACCGGUGGAUGUCAAGCUAGCAGAGCAGCCAAAUGCAGUCAAGGCACUCGGCAUUCGGUGGCUGCCCAAAGAAGACACUUUUUCGUUCAAGGUCAGCCUCAAUGUAAACAGCGUGAACACCAAGCGACAGCUACUUUCGGACUCCUGCAAGUUGUUUGAUCCGUUUGGCUGGCUGGCGCCAGUGACUGUGAAGGUAAAGAUUAUAUUCCAGCAGCUGUGGCUCAGCGAACUCUCGUGGGACGAUCCACUACCUCCGGCAGUCGAAUCGGCGUGGAUUGAGGUCAAGGAAACACUUCAGCAAGUGGAACAGGUACACCUUCCUCGAUUCGCACCCAACUACAACGGCAAAAUCGAGUUGCAUGGUUUUUCGGACGCCUCCGAACUGGCGUACGCAGCGGUGGUGUAUGCUAGAGGGCGGAAUGAUUCAGGAGACAUAGUUGUGAAUCUUCUGGCCGCCAAGACAAGGGUGGCUCCAAUCAAACAAGUGUCCCUACCGAGGUUAGAGCUCAACGCAGCAGCUCUACUAUCAACGCUGAUGGAAUCGGUAAUGCAGGCGUUCAGCCAUCUGGAGGUGGAGCCUUGGGCAUACACAGACAGCAGCAUCGUUCUCCAAUGGUUAUCCGCUCAUCCCCGCAAAUGGAAAACGUACGUGGCCAAUCGUACGUCGGCAAUCUUGGAAGUGCUGCCACGUGAUCGCUGGAAUCACGUUCGAAGCGAGGACAACCCAGCAGACUGUGCUUCACGCGGUCUCACACCUGGCGAGCUGGUAACGCACCCCCUCUGGUGGUGUGGACCGGACGAAUUGAAGUCGGAAACCGAACACUGGAAGCGAGUCCCUGUCGAGCAGGUCGACGACGAAGAGUUACUGGAGUUACGUCGGUUGAAGGUACUUCACACUGCGAUACCGAUCAUCAGAACGAACUACGACAUCGAGACAAGCCUAUUGGAGCGGCGUUCGAACUACACGCUCAUCGUGCGCACCCUAGCGUACGUCAAUCGAUUCUUGUUGGCACUCAAGGCGGACAACGAGAAUCUCAAUCUUGGCCUUUCACCGAACGAAAUCUACGAUGCCAAGAUGCAGCUGGCCAGAGCUGCACAGUACGCCGCAUACAAGCCGGAACUGGAACUGUUGCAGAAGGGUAACGAGUUGCCACCGAAACAUAAAUUAUCUGCCCUUCAUCCUUUUCUCGACAGCCAAGGAACGAUGCGUGUGGGUGGACGCUUGCAAAAUUCCGCGUACCCAUACGACGUCAAACACCCGGUCAUUCUCCCAGCCAACCACAAAGUGACCGAGUUACUUCUGCGAGACAUUCAUCUGCGAAAUCUCCAUGCGGGACCCAGUCUACUAGCAGUGACAGUCAAUCAACAGUUCUGGGUGGUAGGACUGCAGACCGCUGUCCGUCUUACAGCUCAAGGAUGUACUCGUUGCGUGCGACUCAAAGGGAAGACAGCGUCACAGCUCAUGGGUAGCCUGCCUGUGCCUCGGGUGACUAGUACUCGAGCUUUCACACACGUCGGCGUGGACUAUGCCGGUCCACUGAAGGUACAUGCAUCCUGCGUCCGCGGGGUGAAAACCACCAAGGGCUACAUCGUAGUAUUUGUGUGCAUGGCCACAAAGGCUGUGCACUUGGAGGUUGCCAGUGACCUCUCGACGAACACCUUCAUCUGUGCACUGAAGCGGUUUAUCUCCAGGCGAUCUCAUCCGAACGAGAUAUGGUCCGACUGCGGUACAAACUUUGUUGGUACGGACAACUGGUUGAAGGAAAUUCAAGGUGCAAGACAGACUCACAACGAAGCAGCAGGACGAUUUCUCUCCAACUUGGGAAUAAAGUGGAUGUUCAACCCGCCUUCAGCGCCUCAUCGCGGCGGCAUUUGGGAGGCGGCGGUGAAGAGCGCCAAGAAGCAUCUGGUCGCAGUCUUGGGCUCCGAAGCAGCAACGUACGAAGAUUUCUCAACGGUUUUGGCGCAGGUGGAAGCAUGCCUUAACUCGCGACCACUUUGCCCACUUUCAACGAACCCAGACAGCUACGAAGCGUUGACCCCAGGACAUUUCCUGGUCGGACAGCCAAUCAACCUCAUCCCGGAGCCAGAUGUUCGACACAUUCCUAUGAAUCGUUUGGAUAAAUGGCAACUUCUGCAUAAGCACACGACCGAAAUCUGGAAACGUUGGCGCGAUGAAUAUGUGUCCAGCCUGCAACCUCGGAGCAAGUGGCGUACCACCGAGGCCAACGUGGAGAAGGAUCAGCUGGUGCUAGUCAAGAAUGACAAUGUCCCACCGGCUCAGUGGGAGUUGCUGUCGCAAGGAUGUGGUCAGGGCAACUCUCGGCCGUUGGAGGAUUGCGUCAAUCUUGUCUAA